ACGGCCCGGAAGGCAAAGGCGUUGGCGGGGGCGUUGGUGGUGGUGGUGGUGGUGGCGGACAGAGACAGCCGGAAACGGAGGCUCGGCCAUGAACUUGCCGGGGACAUCAGCGGUGGCGGCAGACGUGGUAGCUGUUUCCUUGCUGCGUGCCCCCUGCUAAUGGGACAGAUUUUAACAUUAUGGCAGGAAGGCAUCAGAAUCGUAGUUUUCCUCUUCCAGGAGUUCAGUCAAGUGGUCAAAUACAUGCAUUUGGAAAUUGUACAGAUGGUGAUACAUUGGAGGAGGAUGCUGAAGUGUAUGAGCUUCGAUCCAGAGGAAGAGAGAAAGUCCGAAGAAGUACAUCAAGAGAUAGACUUGAUGACAUUAUAGUGUUAACAAAAGAUAUACAAGAAGGAGAUACUUUAAAUGCAAUAGCCCUUCAGUACUGUUGUACGGUAGCAGAUAUCAAGAGGGUUAACAAUCUCAUCAGCGAUCAAGACUUUUUUGCCCUUAGGUCUAUCAAAAUUCCAGUAAAAAAGUUUAGUUCCUUGACUGAAACACUUUGUCCUCCAAAAGGAAGACAGGCUUCACGUCAUUCAUCUGUUCAGUACUCUACAGAACAACAGGAAAUUUUGUCAGCUAAUGAUUCUCUUUCUUCCACGGAGUCAGCUGGUAGCUUUUUAAAAGAAGUAGACCGAGACAUAGAACAAAUAGUAAAGUGUACAGACAACAAGAGAGAGAACCUUAACGAGGUAGUGUCGGCUUUAACAGCACAACAAAUACGUUUUGAACCAGAUAACAAAAGCACUCAACGUAAGGAUCCCUAUUAUGGAGCAGACUGGGGAAUAGGGUGGUGGACAGCUGUAGUGAUAAUGUUGAUAGUAGGUAUAAUAACGCCAGUGUUUUAUUUGCUGUACUAUGAAAUUUUAGCUAGGGUAGAUGUUAGUCACCAUUCAACAGUGGACUCUUCACAUUUGCAUUCAGGAAUCACACCCCCAUCACAGCAGAGAGAAGUGGAAAAUGGAAUUGCUCCAACUAAAGGGAUACACUUUGGCCAACAAGAUGAUCAUAAACUAUAUAGUCAAGAUUCUCAGUCACCUGCUGCUCAACACAAAACAUAGCAAUUAACUCAUGGUAACUGUUAGUGAUCACGUGUGUAUCUGGAAUGUGGUGAAUCAAUUAUAUUCAAUAACCACUUCAAAGGCAGAAUUUAGGGAAUUGAAGAUGCUUUUGUUUUUCACCUUUUGAAAAAUUUUUGAACCAUUUACUAGUGGAUUGUGUAUAAAAUCUCUACAGUUCUGGUUGUUGAUGUUGAGAGCAGUCAUUCCAUAAAUCUGAUGUAUCAGUGCUUAAAGCAGAAAUGAAUUUAAA